GGUUCGGCGGGUCCGAUGGCGGGAGGCAGCGGCAGCGCGGGGGGCGGCGGGGGCGGCCGCCGGGCUGCCCCCCGGCUGGACGGGCUGUUCCUGCGGCGGUUCCUGCGGCUGCUGGCCGUGCUCUUCCCCGGGUGGCCCUCCCCGAGCGCCCUCAUGUUCCUGACGCUGCUCGGUGUCGCCUUGCUGGAGCAGCUGGUUAUUUACCAGGUCGGCGUCAUCCCCAGCCAAUACUAUGAGGUCCUAGGGAACAAGGAUUUCUCCGGGUUCAAAACACUGACUGCCAUUGCCGUGACUCUGAUCAUAGUGAACUCCACGCUAAAAAGCUUCGACCAGUUUAUCUGCAACAUGAUGUACGUGAACUGGAGGCAAUCCCUCACUGAAUACCUUCACAGCUGCUACUUCCAAGGCCAGGUCUACUACAACCUGCACGUGCUGCGUGAGGACAUCGAUAAUCCGGAUCAGCGCAUCAGCCAGGAUGUGGAGAGGUUCUGCAGGCAGCUCAGCUCCAUGGCCAGCAAGCUUGUCAUCUCACCUUUCACGCUGGCCUACUACACAUACCAGUGCUUUCACAGCACAGGCUGGCUAGGCCCGGUGAGCAUCUUUGGGUAUUUUGUCAUUGGGACGAUUGCAAACAAAGUAUUGAUGAGCCCAAUUGUGUCUAAACUUGUGCAGCAGGAAAAACUGGAGGGCGAUUUCAGGUUCAAGCACAUGCAGAUUCGUGUCCAUGCAGAACCAGCUGCUUUCUACAGGGCGGGGCGAGUGGAGCACAUGCGCACAGACCGGAGGCUGCAGAGCCUGCUGCAGACCCAGAGAGAGCUGAUAGGCAAGGAGCUGUGGCUAUACAUUGGAAUCAACACCUUUGACUAUCUGGGUAGCAUCCUGAGCUAUGUGGUCAUUGCCAUUCCCAUUUUUUCCGGGGUCUACGGUGACCUGACUCCAACAGAGCUCAGUGCCCUCGUCAGUAAGAAUGCCUUUGUUUCCAUCUACCUCAUUGGCUGCUUCAGCCAGCUCAUAGAUCUCUCCAGCACUGUGACUGAUGUAGCUGGCUACACACACAGGAUUGGUGAACUGCAGGAGACCUUGCUGAGCCUUGGCAGGAAAAAAAAUGGUAACUACUCAGAAGCCAAAACCAGCUGGGAUUUGGACGGCAGCCAUUUUGGGGAGGACCCAGUGCCAAGGGACACAGCUUUCCUUCUGGACAAAGUGACACUUUCGGUGCCGUCCUCUGGCAAGCUGCUCAUCAAGGACUUGAGCCUCAGGAUCUCACAAGGAAACAGUGUGAUGAUUGUGGGAAACACUGGUACAGGGAAGACAUCUCUCCUGAGGGUCCUCGGAGGACUCUGGGAGAGCACGCGGGGGAGCAUCAAGAUGCUGACCUGCUUUGGCCCCCGGGGAGUGGUGUUCCUACCACAGCGACCCUUCUUCACCGAUGGAAGCCUGCGUGAGCAGGUGAUCUAUCCCCUGAAGGAGAUAUAUCCAGUUUCAGCUUUCUCCCCAGGGUCUGCAGAUGAUGAAAGAAUUGUGCGAUUCCUGGAGCUGGCUGGGCUGACUGAUUUGCUGGCAAGGGCUGGAGGACUGGAUGAGCAGGUGGACUGGAACUGGUAUGACAUCCUGUCUCCAGGGGAGAUGCAGAGACUCUCAUUUGCACGGCUCUUCUACCUCCAGCCAAAAUAUGCAGUGCUAGAUGAAGCCACCAGUGCCUUGACAGAAGAGGUGGAGCAUGAACUGUAUCGUCUGUGCCUUCAGCUGGGCAUGACGCUGAUCAGCGUGGGACACAGACCCAGCCUGGAAAAGUUCCACAGCUGGAUUUUGAAACUUCAUGGGGAGGGGAGAUGGGAGCUCACUCGAUGCGAGAAGAUGAAGCGUCUCCCUGCUGGGGAAGCACUCUGAAAAACAUGCCCUUGCCUGGCCAGACGCAGAACCUGCACAUCUGGGAGAGCUCUCAAUAGUAGACAUGGAGAUACCAAGCCAGCAGCUGUCAACUUAUGAUUCAAACAGUGGAAGACCAAUUCUGGAUUUUGCUGAUGGACACAGAGCAUGUCAGAACUCACGGUGUGGGGUUCUGUCAGGAGCAGACAGCUAUGCCAUCCUUCUCCUGGCCUCCUUCUGCCUCCCUGACUCUCAUAUGGGAGUGAGCUGCUAGACUGCCCAAAGAGAAGAUGCUGCCUGAUGGCCAGAGGAACUUCCACUUUGUCCAGGAUGCAGUGGUGCGAGGCUAGGAGGCAGCCUCCUUUUCUGCCCUCUGUGCCUUUCUGGGAGCUUUGUCUUUCAUGCACAGCUCUGCAGAACAGAUUUAUGUACCUUGUGGCUCUGUUGAGGGUUAUGUUCCUCAGAAGGAGCCAAGGGAUGCACUGUAAGGGGAGGAGAAUGCUAGCACAGAGAAGGGGUGUGUCUCUGCUCUCCUUAUGACACAUGGCUAUAGGUAAAAGGAACAUUUUUGCAUUAAAAUAUGCGGCCUGUUUUAAAACUA